ACUUUUGGGCCUACGUUCGGUGCGUUGUGUUGUAACUACAGCUUGUCACCGCUGGACGGCAGCAGUAGUUUGGGCGAGACCCGGAAUACCCGUAGAAGAAGAUUUUGUUUGCUGGUACGGUUGUGGCAGUACUAGUCAGCAGGUUGCAGGUGUAGACAAGCUGCUGCGUCCCUGGGUGAAAAUGUAUGAUCAGAAAAAUGACCACAGCAAUGAUGUGGAUGACCUGUCAGCCAGCGAUGACUCUGAGCCCGAAGAAUGGCCCAGCAGAGCUCCCUUUGACCCAGAGUUGGAUCAUGAGGAUGAUGACAAUGACAAGGGAGAGGUUGAGACCUCUGCUCUAGCUGCUCAGCCUUCAUUCAGUCUGAGAGGAGGGAGCUCAGCUUUCUCAGACCGCAGACACAGUAUCUUUGACUGCCUGGACAGCAUAUCCCCGCAGACCUCCUCUUCUACGAACCAGGACCACGUUACAGAUGGAAAGUUUGUUCGGCCUGAGCCUCCACACCCCAGGAGGAAGACGAGUCAGCCUCCACCCACCAGCCCCCCACCACAGAAGAAGAGAGGGGUCCCAGACUAUCUGGUUCACCCUGAGCGCUGGACCCGCUACAGUCUGGAGGAUGUGCCUGAGACCAGCGACGGGGACAACAGCAGGAUUGCUCACCAAUUCCUGUCUAGUCUGCAGCAUGAAAUACAGAGUGAUCCAACCUGUGCCAUCCAGCAAAGGAUGAUCUUCUGCAAACCCAACCGGCUGCUGAAGGAACAGGCUGCAGAUCAGCUCUCAGCUGUCAGAGGAAAGGAGAGGGGGAUGCACCUGAGUCAUCUGGAGGAGGAGGAGGAUGACAAGGAUGAGAGGUGCAGGGAGAGAGAGAAGGUUGGAGUAAGAAGAACAGACCACAGUGAAGAAGAGACUGAAGAAAGACCGAGAGAGGGGGAAAAGGACAUGAGGAGAGCUGUGGGUCAGCCAGAGUUGGACACAUUGAAACCAUUGCAGAAAGAAAAAGGUGAGGAGGAGGAAAAAGAGGCCAACCCUGGCUUCACCUCCUUCAGAAAGACAAAAAGUAAAAACUACAGGAAGAGUUCAGAGCAAGAGGACAACUAACCAUGACACAACUUUGUCAGUGUCAUAAUACAAACAGCAGUCAAAUCUAACUGUUCUCAAACCUGUUCCAUAGCACGCUUACACACUAAAUUAACAGCAGAGGUUGUAUGUCCCAUGUCGCCUCUGACCACACCCAGUGUGAUUCAUAGCUGUGUGCCCCUGUAAUGACACCUGACAGUGAUGUCACAUUGUACUGUAGUACACCUGUACAUCACUGCAGCCAGUUGAGAAGUUGGGUAAAUCCCAAUUCCCUUAAUUGCAUCCAUGUUUUGUUAACUUGCAUCCUUUCCUUGUGUCUUAGUCUAACCAAUGUAAGUGAGGAAAAAAUGUGAGGAGAGAGGUUGUUCCUAUGGAUAUGAGAUGUCCUUUUCUCAGAGCCUUCAUCUGAAGCAUCCAAUCACCAACUCAUUUUUGAUAAAGGGGCACAUUGGUCAAUAAAAGACUUCUGUGCAGGACGCUCUUGUGUAUCCUUGCUUAUGGCUCCUACAGCAACCUCCUCACCCCUCGAUUCUCAGAGCAGGAGUAAGAGCUUUGUUACGUCCUCCAGAUGGCACACAGGGCUGGCUUUCAGGAUGACUGAAGUGAGGAAUGAUCAAAUAAGGGAUUUGGGAUUUACCUGUUGUGUUUCUGAAGUUAGUUGUUAGCAUGUCUGGCUAAGUAUCUAUAGUAAAAGGCCAGAGAGCAUUUCAUUAUUUAAUUACAGUUUGCGGGGUGACAAGUCCUGUUAAAAAAUUCACCAUUUUAAAAGUUUGCCUCAGUCUGUUUUUAACCAACUCAUAGAGCUAAUGUUAGCUGCAUUAGCUCACUAUGGCAGAUAAAGGCCACCAGUAGAAUACAUCAACAGUCAAGAAGAAGUGAGAAGCUACUUCUGUCUGAAAUCAAAGACCUCAUUACAAACAUCCCUGUGGACUUGGUGGGUUAAUCUGUUAUUUCUCUAAAUAGAAUAUAUUCUGGAAAUGAAAGAUUGGCAGGUUAACAGUAGCAAUGUCGUCAGUCCACUGCCACUGGCAACCACACCAUACCCAUACCAUACCAUAGCAGGGUCUGCGUGUUUCCAUUGGAUCGUACUCAUGCUGAAACCGGGCUGAAAAGAGUGAUAUCUGGCCCUGAGCAGUAGGUCCCAAAGCGUGCAACCCUAUCCCUAACCUGGCCAUUUACGUCACUGCAUUCUGAGAGAAAACUUGAACAACAGGAAGUGUCUCAGCUGAAAAAAGAGAGCCGCUCCCUUUAAAACAAAAGAAAUAAAGAAGAUGGCAGCACAUUAUGAAGAAGCAAAAGGAUGCCAAUACAGAAGCUAUAUUUGUCAAAUCCAUGUUUGCUCUGUUGUGCACCUACUGUUGAUGUAUGUUCUGGUCACAUGAAGAGGGCACUGUGACGUACUCUGCAAGAGCAACACUCAUAUUUUGCAGUGGAAACACAAACGUGUACUGGUGCCAGGCAGCCCAGGCAGAGAGCCACUCG